CCCGGCCGCUGCCCGAAGCAGUGGGAGGAAGAUGGCGGCGCUCAUCCCCCUCAGCCAGCAGUUUUCUAGUGGGAAUCCAGUAUAUGAAACUUACUACAAACAGGUAGAUCCAACAUACACAGGGAGAGUUGGGGCAAGUGAAGCUGCACUGUUCCUUAAAAAAUCCGGUCUAUCUGAUAUCAUCCUUGGAAAAAUAUGGGAUUUGGCUGACCCGGAGGGUAAAGGAUACUUGGAUAAGCAGGGUUUCUAUGUUGCGUUGCGCCUUGUGGCCUGCGCACAGAAUGGCCACGAUGUUAACCUGAGCAGCCUGAACUUGACUGUGCCACCUCCUAAAUUUCAUGACACUAGCAGUCCUUUGCUGAUCACACCACCUUCAACAGAGACUCACUGGGCUGUUAGGGUGGAAGAAAAAGCAAAAUUUGAUGGUAUUUUUGAAAGCCUUUUGCCAGUAAAUGGUUUACUUUCAGGAGACAAAGUAAAACCAGUACUGAUGAAUUCAAAGCUACCUCUUGAUAUCCUAGGAAGGGUCUGGGAUCUCAGUGAUAUUGAUAAAGAUGGUCACUUGGACAAGGAUGAAUUUGCUGUGGCAAUGCAUUUGGUAUAUAGAGCUCUUGAGAAAGAGCCAGUUCCUUCACUGUUACCCCCUUCUCUCAUACCACCUUCUAAAAGAAAGAAGAUGCCUGUCUUUCCUGGUGCAGUUCCUGUUCUCCCUGCAAGUCCUCCACCAAAAGACAGCCUCCGUUCUACCCCAUCUCAUGGUAGUGUCAACAGUCUGAACAGCACGGGGAGUUUAUCUCCCAAGCACAGCAUCAAGCAAGCACAGCCCUCUGUGACCUGGGUGGUCCCAGUGUCAGAGAAAGUGCGCUACGAUGAGAUUUUCCUGAAAACAGACACAGACAUGGAUGGGUUUGUGAGCGGCCAAGAAGUGAAGGACAUUUUUAUGCAUUCAGGUCUGUCUCAGAAUCUCCUGGCACAUAUAUGGGCUUUGGCAGACACAAGACAGAUGGGAAAGCUGAGCAAAGAUCAGUUUGCACUAGCAAUGUAUCUCAUUCAGCAGAAGGUCAGUAAAGGGAUUGAUCCUCCACAAGUGUUGUCUCCAGACAUGAUCCCUCCUACAGAGAGAAACACUCCAAUACAGACUCUGUCAGGUUACUUGACCCCUGUAGCAAGUGAGAUCUCAGCACUAACAGAAAUGCGUCGUGAUAGUUCAAGUUCUGUUGGAUCAGGAGAGUUUACAGGGGUGAAAGAACUGGAUGACAUUAGCCAAGAAAUUGCACAGCUGCAGAGGGAAAAAUAUUCACUGGAGCAGGACAUCAGGGAAAAGGAAGAAUCAAUCAGGCAGAAAACCAAUGAAGUUCAGGAGCUGCAAAAUGAUUUAGAUAGGGAGACAAGUAACUUGCAAGAGCUAGAGGCUCAGAAACAAGAUGCCCAAGACCGCUUGGAUGAAAUGGACCAGCAGAAAGCCAAACUGAAAGAUAUGCUGAAUGAUGUGAGGCAGAAAUGCCAGGAAGAAACCCAGGUGGUGAGUAUUUCAUCACUAAAAAUGCAGAUUCAAUCUCAGGAAUCCGAUUUAAAAUUACAGGAAGAUGACCUUAACAGAGCAAAAGCAGAGCUGAAUCGCCUCCAGCAAGAAGAGACUCAGCUAGAGCAGAGUAUCCAGGCUGGAAAAGUGCAGCUUGAAACAAUAAUCAAAUCUUUAAAGUCAACACAGGAAGAAAUAAAUCAGGCAAGAAGUAAACUUUCUCAGCUUCAAGAGAGUCAUCAAGAAGUCAAUAAGAGUAUAGAAGAAUAUAAUGAAGCUCUCAAUGGGAUUCAUGGUGGUAGUCUGACAAACUUAGCAGACAUAAGUGAAGGCCUUGGGCAGACAGAAAGAAGCAAUUAUGGAACCAUGGAUGAUCCUUUUAAGAAUAAAACCUUGAUGUUUACCAAUAAUACACAAGAAUUGCACACAGACCCAUUCCAGUCAGAAGAUCCUUUCAAAUCUGACCCGUUUAAGGGAGCAGACCCUUUCAAAGGCAGUGAUCCAUUCCAGCAUGAUCCUUUUGCAGAACAACCACCUGCUCCAGCAGACCCAUUUGGAGGUGAUCCAUUUAAGGAAAGUGACCCAUUUCAUACUUCUGCCCCUGAGGAUUUCUUCAAGAAACCAGGGAAGAGUGACCCCUUCACCUCAGAUCCAUUCACAAAACCCCCUGCCUUACCCUCCAAGCCUGACCCUUUUGAAAGCAGUGAUCCUUUUACGUCUUCCAGUGUCUCUUCAAAAGGUCCAGAUCCAUUUGGAACACUGGAUCCCUUUGGGAGUGGUGCUUUCAGUAGUGGUGAGGGAUUUGCAGACUUCAGUCAGAUGUCAAAGUCAGUAGCUUCAGACCCCUUUGCCUCCUCAUUUGGAGGGAUGGGAUUCUCAGAUGACCCUUUCAAAAGCAAAUCAGACAUGCCAGCGUUGCCACCGAAGAAAAACGUCCCUCCACGACCCAAGCCACCCAGUGGUAAAAGUACUCCUGUAAGCCACCUUGGGUCUUCAGAUUUUCCCAAGCCCCAUGAUCCAUUCCAGCCAUUUGGGGCUGACAGCAGUGACCCCUUUCAAAGUAAAAAGGGGUUUGGGGACCCAUUUAGUGGAAAAGAUCCAUUUGCUCCUUCCUCUUCAAGUAAAACUUCUAAAGACUCUUCCUUGGGGUUUGCAGACUUCAGCUCUUUUGGCAAUGAAGAGCAGCAGCUGGCGUGGGCCAAGCGCGAGAGUGAGAAAGCAGAGCAAGAGAGGCUAGCUCGGUUGCGGAGACAAGAGCAAGAAGAUCUCGAGUUGGCUAUUGCACUCAGUAAGGCUGACAUGCCAAACUCUUAAAGCUAGAGCUUCUUUGGCUCCACCCUGCCCAAGUGGAACCUUGAAACGUGGCUUUUAUAAAAAUAACUCAAUUCUUGGUUUAUGUUGUGAAAAUAAUCUUAGUCACCUUCAACUCUAAGCAAGUCUUGGCUGGUUGCGUCAAACCGGGCGCUGUGUGGCUUUCCAAGUGCAUAGUAUGCAGGAAGCACUCUGUAAGCUCUAUUAUAUGUUCUGGAUGCAAUUUACUGCUUGAGAGAAAUUUAACAUGUGAUCCUAAGAUGCUGAAGGCAACCGUCUCUAUCUGGAAGACAAUGCUGCAUCGAGGAGAGUGCAGCUUGUGCCCCUGGCUCUUUAUUACCUGGGGAUUUUUGAGGCUGUGGUAGGAGUUUCAAUGAAAAUGCCAUACAAAGAGAAUGUUCCUAGAAUUAGCCAUUGCAUUCAUUUAAUAGUUCAAGGUAGGCUAAACAGUAUAUCAUCUGCAUCAAAGUCUUCAGCAUAAAUUAAUGACUAGGUGGUUCCUUCUCACCCAGGAGGUGCGUGGCUUUUGCAAAGUAACCUGGUGAUCAAUGCAGGUGUAGUGAAGAGCACAGAGCCAGCAGCAAACGCAAGUCUCUGCCAAUGACAAGUUCUUGUUGCCACUCCGGUUUGCAUUUAGCUUUAAUAGUUCUGAUGAUGUGCAAGAGAGGAUUCAUUCAGUUGUGGUAACUUGGCCAAAUCGUUUGGCAGUUAACUCCUUAGGUAAAAUCUUACCUGUCUGAUUGCAGUGAGCCAAGUUUGAGUGCUGCUGUCCUGUAAGAUCAAGCAGUGGGAAACUUCCUAAGCUUGAGCAGCGUUCGUCCUUACAGCUCCUUUUACCCUCUUUUACUCCAGCCACCAGAACACAGACCAUGUUCUUUGUGUUACCCUGCAGACUGCAUGUGACAGUCCCUACCUCUGUUUUCCUUAAUCCCACUUGUCCUGGAGUAUGUGCUUACAAAUUGAACAUAAUUUAGCUGAAGUAAAGCCAAGUCGAAGCAGAUUUCAUUUGCCAAAUACAUGUUCAUGUGUGAGUUAUAAAAGUCCUGGUAGGUUGCAGUGGCUUUAAAGUAUGGCUUGAGGUAGUGAGUCCAAGCAGGAGCAGAUUUUAUAUACACCUGUAGAACUCAAUGCUUCCACCUGGUAAGGGUAACACAGAGUGUUUUUCCUGCCAUAUAUACAACAAGUCCAUAUGAUGAGUCUGAAUUUCCUUGCCUACUAAAAAUGCCUUUUCUGACGACAGGAGCCCUAAAACUUCUAUGUCUAAAUAGAACAGACAUCCAUCACAAAAGUUUUUAAGUGUUCUUAAUAUGUCUGCUUUCCUGUCCUUGUCCUGGAGGAGCACAAAAGUGAAGUCUCUGUUUUCACUGCUGCAGCCCUGAUCUUACAACAGUUUCAUUUCUUUUCUUUUUGGGUUUUUUUUUUUGGUAAUGUGAUAUUUCUUCAUCAUCCUUCAUGCAUUUGUAUUUCUUAUGUCCUUGCUUUCCUUCCCCUUUUGUAAUCCAAUGAUAGUGCCUGUUCACUGAAUGAAAAUGGUUUCUCUCCUCUGUUGUGAUUGCCUUACUCUGGAUGCUUUCCUUACAGAGGGCUAAGAAUCAGAUUGGGUCAGUUUAAUCUUCUCGGUAGUUUUCAGCUCUGCAAAGCAGCUAAGAUGUGGAAUUUGUUGCCUCAGGCUGUUGUGAGUAGGUGUAUGGGUAAGCACAUAUCUGUGUCUCUGCAUACACCCCCAACCCUCCCCCCCGCAUCCAUUUACUGCAAUAAGGACAGGACAGGAGUGAAACCCCAGCUCUCAAAAUGCAGUUUUACAGCCACAAUUGCCUGUGUGCUCUCUGGGGACAAAUAACCUGGAUCCUUCAUUCCCUGCAGAAGAUGCGUUCUGCUAUCACAGCCAGUCACAGAUAAUCUUUAAUACCAUCUUUUAAUGACCCCUUUAGAAUGCAGUAGGAAAUAGUUCUGAUUUUACAGAGCCUGAUUUGAAAUCCCUUCCCACUGUGGUGAUUUCUUCUCUAAAAUACAGCCCAUUAGAUGAUCAAACCUACCAAAACAUCAACAGGUUCUCUUUUCUUCUGGUGUACAGGACUCAAAGUCUGUGAGAGCAGAGUUGGGUCUGUCCCUAGCUCAUGUGAGGUAAUGCUUCUGUGAGAGAACAGUUUUCCACAUGGACUGGCUGCAGGGUUCCCAGUGAAGUGAAACACAUUCUACCCAGGUCUCACCUUCACUGGUUUGGUUUCUCUUGGGCCAGAGUCUUUGUGGCAUCUCUUGUACUACUAUGAGCACCCUUCUGUGUGCAGGGCCACUUUAGAAAGGAAAACCACUGCUGGACUACUCCUUGGAUGAGGUCACUCCAGUGGGACAGGGUGGGUGAGCUAAAUAUCCUGACUCAUUUUCUGAGUUAUGUACCAUAACAGGACUCUCUGCUGCUUUGUCAGUGCCCUGCAAUACUGUCAUUGAUCAUGUGUGUAAGGAAGGAGUUGGUGUUUGACAGCAGGAAGCCAGGAAUGUGAAUUGAUGGAGUAUCCAUGCAGCGUUAGAACUAGCUGCUCAUCUUCCUCUUCCCUUACUGACUCAUUCUAUGUGUUUGCUUGGAGAGUAACAGGAGAUCAAGCAAACCAAGAUGUUUUCUAUGCACAGUCUAUUAAAUUUAGUAACCUUCUGUUUACUGAAACACUUGAGUCAAAAUGUUAGGCACUGCAGUAGGAGAACACUUAGCUGUGAUUUCUCCCCAUCCAUUAAGGGCAGUUUUCCCUUAUCCACCUCCUCUUCUAACUCCAUGUUUUGUACCAUACCUGCUCGUGUUCUUCUAAGGCAAACCUUCCAUCCCAAGCUACCAAUCUCCUUCUUCCUCCAAAACAGUGAAAUUUAAAGCACAAAUAGGCAGAGAAAAUGUGUGCAGUGCAAGGCCUGUAAAGUGGGAGUACAGACCAUGCAGGAGGUGUGUACCUUAGGAGAUCUUUGUGGUCUGUGUCUGUAUCUAUUGUCUGAUAUAAUAAUGGUGUGUGUACAUACUCUACAUGUCAAGAUGCACUCCUAGUCUAGAGUAACUUGUGCUGUACAUAAGAUGUAUAUAUGCAGUCAAUAUGUAGAAUAUGCAGAUCUAUUCUGUGUGUUCAAGCUCCUGUGAAUGUGUUCUCCAAGCAGAGGGGACUACAGCGCUGGGUUUUUACCCAGAAGCUGAUCAGGUUGUGGCUCUUGGAAUUUCAAAGUUCUGGUGAAAGAAAACAAAGGCCAAAUUGCUACUUCUGAUACAUUUGUGCCCAAAUUGCUGUCGUUGGCAUGAAAAUCUGUGUUCACUGACUGCCAGAGGGAAACCUGGGAGAAAGUAGGUGUCGUCUGUGCCCGCUGGGAUGGCACAUUCUUCUGGGCUUUUUGAAGUGGGCUCCAUUUCUCCUUUCUUGUGGGUGAUGGUCAUGCAGUAUCAUCUUGGCUUUGUUUUCCCUAGGCUGAGGCAAUGAUUUUUCUCCUACAGUUGCUUCUAGUUUCACUACCUUUCCCCCUCCCCACCCUGCCUUAAAAUCCUUCUAAAGAAGCUUUUCCCACACACCCCUUCCCCUCCAUCCAGUCACACACUAAGGUGGAAAGCAUUUUCUCUGGCUCCAUUCCAUUUCUCUAGGCUGCACAUAGCUGCCAUCUGGAUUUCAGCUCUGUUUUCCCUCCGUUUCCACCUAAGCUUUUGCUUCAGGAGGCAGGACUGCCUAUCACACGCUUAGCUUUGAGGGAAGGAUGGAGGUGAUUCUGCUUUCUGCUGGGAAUUGUCGGACUCGGCGGUGCAGUGAGCGACCGCAAAGAGCCGAGGAGCCUUUCCUAGCGGCUGGUGUGUGCUUUGUGCAGGGCUGCAGCGCCGCUGGAGUGACUCACAGCAAGGGCUGAGUUGCACACAGCAGUUAAAAGAGGACAAUUAUUCACGUGGAACCUGCUCAGGCAGCCUGCACGUAGCACACAGGUACGGAGUUGCCCACGUUGUGCUCUACAGACCAGAAUGUCCACAUUUGCCUCCAGCGGUUUGCUUAGCUCCUCUUCAGACAGCCUGGUUGUAGCACACAGCAGUCGUUCUGCAGCCAGAACAGAUGCUCAUAAAAGUAGGACGUCUGCAGCAGCAAUGCUGUAUGAAAUGUUUUUACGUUGGCCAACCUCUCCUCGUGAAAUCUCUGCCCUUGGAGGAGCUUCAUCACUCCUUGCUGGCUUUUGUUUCCUGUAAUGUGCUCUCCAAGUGUAGGAAAUUCCAAGCUGUGUCUGACCAUAACUUCCCUCCCCCCAGCCCUAAUUCCCACCUGUGACAUUUCGUAGACAUUGUUUUGUCAUCCUAUGCUCAAUGAUAAUGCACUUUUCUUGGAUUCUUCUUAUAAUCCUUUUGGGGUUACUAUUUCUUCUUUAGUGUUUCUCCAUUGAGAAGAGUAUUUAUGCUGUAGAACUAAGGCCUAAGGAAUUUUGGUCCGAGUAGAAUUGUUGCUUUUCCCUCGCCUGAGAGUUUUGUUUCUCCUUUCUUCUGUGUUUUAUUCCUCCCUCUCAGAAAUUGAAUUUCUGCUUAAUCCUCAUUUAGAGUUGGAAACUCUGUUCAAGUGAAUUGAUGAUCUGGUCCAAAUACCUCCUCCCUACACCAGUGGAACAGCUCAGUUUUUGCCUCUCUGUAGCCCCCACCACAGACACCUGUAGGCUCUGUAGCCUCCCCCACAGACACCUUCCCUUAGAAGGGAAUUUUGCUCCCAGUGUGGCAGAACUGUGGAAGAUUUGUUCUCUGAGUGAAUCCCUUAGCUCUUGCUCAUGGGUGCACCUCUUCUAUCAGCUGACAGACUGCUCUGUUUAACUUGAAAGUGUCCUAAAUAAAGGCUAAUUUGUUAUAAAAUCCAGUUUUCAUCUUUCCAGCUUCUGCCUGCCCCUUUCAGUUUAACUCCUGCAAAGGAAACUCUUAGUGACUCUGGCUCCUUCUGCCAUUACAAUUACAGAGAGCUCUUCUGGUGUCUCUUCUAACACAGCAUCCUUUGCUCUGACCUGCAAGAGGUGGAAACUGCAAUGUUGACCUAAAUUUGACUAAUAUCUCCAAAUCUGUACAUGAUUGUAGUUAUAUUUAUCUUUCAAAUAUCGUAACAAAUUGGAAAGUAUUUUAACCCAUCUCGUGUGUUUAUUGUUUAAUAUAAUAAGAUAAAUGUUAUUGUUUAAUAUAAUAAAUGAAAAGUUACUUUUUGGA